UGGAGAGAGGAGGGGAGGACGAACAAGGAAAAAGCAGGAGAAAGGGGUGUGAGGGGAGGACAAGAAGCGGAGUGAGUCCAAACGCAGCGCAGCGUCCUGCGCGUAAAGUCCGCUUCUCCGUCAGGAUCCGCGCCCUUUAGAACCUGCUGCUGCUGCUGCAGCACAAAAGUCACAGACAAGAGUAGAACCAGGAGAUUUCCACCUUGUUUUAUUUGCUGUUUUCUGCAGUUUCUUGGAGACCCGGAGGAGGGGGAGGUGCUGCGCCGCAUUCCAGCGCGGAGCGCAGCGCGUCGGAGCCGGUGCGCUACUCUGCUCGAUCCGCGCUUCUUGGAUUUGGAGCUUCAUCAUGCACAAGUGCUGGAGCCGGUGUUAGAGUGGGACGCACACGCACGGACUGCUCGCGCUCUGCACGGGUUCGGAUCCCACGCCCCCCUGAUGAUGGCUGCGUGGCGGCUGGUGCUCGGCGCUCUGGUCGCGGUCCUCGCGGCGCCCCGUAGGACACAUGGAGCCUGCGUGUACCAGGGGUCCCUGUACGCGAACAACACGUCAUGGAGACCAGAAUCAUGUCAGGAGUGUACUUGCUACAGUAACGUCGCCAUCUGUAAAUCCACCCACUGCCCAAAUCCACAGUGUAACCUCCAAAGGGGUGAGCGAUUGAGGAUUCCGGCUAACAUGUGCUGUCCGGAGUGCGUCUCCUCAUCUCAGGGCUCCUGCCACCAUGAAGGAGUCAUUUAUGGACAUGGCAGCCAGUGGAGUCCCUCACCAUGUUCCACAUGUACCUGCUCCAGAGGAAGUGUAUUUUGCACAGCACAGCCGUGCCCGGCUGUCAGCUGUCCAGCAGUCCAGAUCCCGAUCACCCCAGCUGGGGAGUGCUGCCCCCGGUGUGGUCCUCAUGGAGAAUCGUGCUCCUGGCAAGGGAUUGUGCAUGCCGACGGGGAUGAGUGGAAGCUCGGCCUCUGCUCUAAAUGCUCCUGCAGUAAUGGAGAAAUCCAGUGCUCAGUUACAGAGUGUCAGCCGGUGACCUGCAAACCACAUGAGAAUUUGGUGAUCCCUCCAGACCAUUGCUGUCCACAGUGUGUGUCCAACCCCUGUUUGUCUGCAGGGAAACAGUACCAGCACGGCGAACAAUGGCAGAAGAACACUUGUACCACAUGUGUGUGUGACCACGGCCAGUCUCACUGCCACACCCACACCUGUCAACCCCUCACCUGUGACAAGGGUCAGACCAAAGUGAAACGUGUCGGUCAGUGCUGUGAAGAAUGUGCUGUUGCCAAGGGUAGCUGCUUGUAUGAGGGUGCCAUGCGUUACCAUGGAGACAUGUGGAAUGGGACGGGCUGUGAGUUCUGCAUCUGCAGCCGAGGUCAGGUUCUCUGCCAGAAGGCUGAGUGCAGCAGAGUUGAAUGCCCACAGGGUUCCGAGCUUGUUCACCUGCUGGGGAAAUGCUGCCCGGAGUGUUCCUCUGCCAAGCCUUCCUGCGUCUAUGGAGGCAGAGCCUAUAAGAACCUGGCCCGAUGGAGCGAUGGCAGCUGCCGUGAGUGUGAAUGCCGCGAUGCCCAGGUGACUUGUUACUUGCGUUCCUGCCCCACCUGCCCGUUAGGGACUCUCGCCAUCACCCAGGAGGAUCACUGUUGCCCUGAGUGUCACCAAGUCCAGUGCCAUGCAGACUGCCUGUCGUGUUCCGGUUCUCCUGAACACUGUGAGAGUUGCAGAGACUCAAAGUCCGUCCUCCACCUUGCCCGCUGUUUGUCCAUCUGCCCGGCUGGUUACUACACAGAGGAAGGAAAGUGUACAGCCUGCCGGCCGUCCUGUGCCAGCUGUUCCAGUGCUUUGGACUGUCUGUCCUGCAGCUCUCUGCUGCCGCUGCUGAGCGCCGACGGCACACAGUGCCUGGAGUCCUGCCCUCCAGGAUCCUACCAACAUGACCAGACACACUGCCGCCGUUGCCACAAGUCGUGUGCAGAGUGCCGUGGACCUGCCCACCAGGACUGUUUGUCAUGCACUGACCAGGCUGCCUUGCUAAAAGGUGGAGCCUGUGUCCCUGACUGUGGUGGUGGCUCCUACAGUCAGGACGGCGUCUGUUAUGCCUGUGACACGUCCUGUGCCUCCUGUUUCCUGGACAACUCCAAGUGUAUGAGCUGUCUGCCGGGGUACGCCUUGCAUCAUGGGAAAUGUAUUUCUGAGUGUCCAGCACAUCAUUUCUUUGAUGCCCUCAGCAGGUGCAGAGCCUGCCACAGCUCCUGCUCCUCAUGUUGGGGUCCGUCAGUAUCACAGUGUACCUCUUGCCUGGAUGGUCUCCUGCUGCACCAGGGCCAGUGUGUGGACACCUGUGGGGAGGGACUCUACCCGCAGGACAGCAACUGUCACAACUGUCACCCGUCCUGCCGUUCCUGUGUGGGACCUUUAGCCUCGGACUGUCUCCACUGCCUCAAACCAGAGGAGGCCCUCCAGCCACAGGCCGGUCACCUCCAGCACGGCAUCUGCACGGCCACGUGUUCCUCCCACAGCUUUCUGGAUGACCUACAGACGUGCAGAGAAUGUCAUUCGUCCUGCCAACAUUGCACUGGACCAAAUGCAGAUAACUGUACAUCCUGUGCAUCGUCAUUGAACCUACACCAAGGUCACUGUGUUUCCACCUGCCCACAAGGCUUCUUUUUCCAGGACAACAAGUGCCAAGCGUGCCAUCCAUCCUGUCAGACCUGCUCGGGCCCCUCCCUGGCUGACUGCACCUCCUGCCCCCCGCUGGCCUCGGUGCAGAAUGGCUACUGCAGGAGCAGCUGCCAGGAGGAUGGUCGUUUCCUCCACGCUGUCACCGGAGAAUGCUUAAAGUGCAGUGCAGAUUGCCAGCGAUGCACCGCAGACCUUCAAACGGGAGUCGGCAGCAUUUGUCUGUGGUGUAAAGAGUCAAAGUCCUUCCUGCACGGUGACCACUGUGUCUCUCGCUGUCCCCGGGGCCACUACAGCUGGCAUGGAGCCUGCAUGAGAUGUCAUCCAUCAUGUAAGACAUGCAGAGGGGCGGGGCCUCUCUCCUGUACCGCCUGCCCCGCCUACAGCGUUCUGUUGCCCUUGGGCCUCUGUGCUCCCAAAUGUCCACUGGGUUACUAUGACAACGGUCAGAAGGUUUGUCAGGCGUGCGACAGUCAGUGUCUGACAUGCGACGCUGCUGGAGUUUGCACAUCCUGCCGCGACCCGACUAAGGUGCUGCUGUUUGGAGAGUGCCAGUACGACACCUGCGCCCAUCAGUACUACCUCAACACCACGACUCGUGCAUGCAGAGAGUGUGACUGGAGCUGUAACUCCUGUAGAGGUCCUCUACGCACCGACUGCCUGCAGUGCAUGGAGGGAUACGUUCUGCAGGAUGGCGUGUGCACCCAGGGGUGCUCCCCCGGCUCUUAUCAGGAUGGAGACAGAUGCCUCGACUGUGACGAUCACUGUUUGGACUGCCAGAGUCCUGGCCAGUGCCGCCAGUGUCAGCCUCCCUACGCCAUCCUGCAGGGCCAGUGCGUCCUCACGUGUAGCAGGAACUACUUUCUCGAUGUCACCUCUCAACUUUGCAAACCUUGCUCGUCUGACUGUGUGCUGUGUGACGGGGUCGGUCGCUGUCAGGCGUGUCAUGACCAAACCUACCUCAUGGAAGGAUACUGCACCCCCGACUGUGGGCAUGGAUACUACGCAGACCUGAAGACCAGGACUUGCCAUGUGAACACCCGGCCCCCCACCCUCCGGAUCAACGGUUCUGUAUUGGUCCCCCUGGGUGGUUCUGCCCCGCUACCCCCCACCCUCCUGUUGGUGAAGGACCCAGACAGCCCCCCUGAUCAGCUGAUCUUCCAGCUCCUCCACACACCACGUAACGGACAACUGGUCCUCUUCGGCGGAGAUGGGGAGGAGACGAGACGAGGGCGGGAGCUGGCCAGGAACAACGCCUUCACCUGGGAGGAGCUGAGAAGCGGUCAGGUCUGGUUCAGACACUCCAAAAACAAAGCAAGGAGCGGUGAGUUCACCCUGCUUGCUGCCGAUCCCCAGCUGUUCUCUCAGCCUGAAACAGUUCGAGUGUCAGCCGUAUCAAUGCAGCCUCCAAGGCUUCUGACUCUCACACCCUUACACGUGGAGGACCGCGGCACCCUGGCGACCAUCACUAAAUCAGUCCUGCAGGUUGACGAUCCUGACAACCCAGCUGAUGUUUUGAUCAUGGUCCUGGAGCCACCACUCCAUGGCCGACUAACUCACCUCUAUGGUGACCGACCACUGAGCCGAUUCAAGUUGGAGGACUUGUCUCAGGAACAGAUCCAGUACAUCCACAAUGGCUCAGAGGACACAGAAGACACCUUCGUACUCCAAGUCAAUGAUGGCCACAGCUACCAGAACAUUCUGCUGCAAGUUCACAUCAAUCAGAAGGCACGUAACUCCCCUCACAUGCUGACAGUGCCGAUGAUGUGGGUAAGGGAAGGAGGCAUGGUGCUACUCAGUAAGAAAUAUCUGCAGGCUGAUUACAAGGGGGUCAGCACGGAUAAUAUCGUCUACAACAUCCUUGCUUCUGGUGGAAACCCAAAAUACGGUGAAGUCAUACUUGUGUCCAUGCCUGCAGACGGCCCAGUGGGCGGCUGGCGACCGUCAGUAAGUGAUGAUCGUAGCUUCACGCCCACCACUACCUUCACCCAGCAGGACGUCAAUGAUGGCACCGUCUGGUACCGCCACUUCGGCACGGGACCCAGCAGCGACUCUUUCCAGUUCCAAGUUUCUACAGAGGCCCACCCACUGACACAGACUGACAUCCAGACCGUCACCAUAGGAGUGCUGCCUCGAACCCCAGGAUUCCCCCAGCUGGCCCUCGGUUGUGACCUAUUGAUCACGGCUCUGGAAGACGGCAUCACCGAGAUAACGCCUGCUUCUCUGUCCUUCGUCGACUCCGAGACACCUAGCGAGGAACUGGUUUACAACAUCACCAAACCGCUGCCACAAGGACAAGGUGUGAUUGAACAUCGGGACAGACCGUUCACAGCGGUGGAGCACUUCACCCAGGCUGACGUCAACAACGGCAAGAUCAUCUACCGACCUCCACGGGCGCCUGCACACCUCCAGGAGCUCUACCAGUACACCUUCACCGGUCUCCCGGAGUCAUUGAGUGUCUACUUCACAGUGUCAGACGGCGAGCACACGACUCCGGAGCUGAACUUUGCCAUCCUGCUGCUGUCCAACCAUCAGCAGCCGCCGGUCUUUCAGGUUCUGGACCCGCUGCUGGAGGUCAGGGUGGGAGGUCACGUCCCCCUGGGCGGUCAGCAGCUAGCGGUCAGCGAUGCCGACACGGCUCCAGACGAGCUGGAGUUUGAGCUGGUUGAAGCACCAGUUCACGGGGAGCUGAUCAGAACCGACGGCAGCAUGCAAACCAGCAUGGCCAACGGUGAUAUCUUCACUUUCAACGACAUCACCCGCAACAUUCUGCUCUACCAGCACGCCGGCCUCUCCAACCAGGACGACUCCAUCACCUUCUCGGUUAGCGAUGGUAUCUCCAUGGCAACCACGGUGGUGCAGGUUUUGGUGCAGGGUGCCAGGGGCAACGGGCCGCAGCGGGACCCCACAGCCACACUAUCAGUGGAAGUGGGCGAGAAAAGCAGCACCAUCAUCAGACGUUCACACCUGGCUUACACCGACAAUACAUCCCCGGAUGAAGAACUUCAGAUCCAGCUGGUGUCCGUGCCAAUGUAUGGCAUCCUGACCAGGAGUCAGACACAGCAGGAGCACCAGGAGUUGAGAGAGUACUCCUCUUUCACCAUGGAGGAUGUCAACAGGCACAGGAUCAGGUACAUCACUUCCUUGGAUAUCGGCAGUCAGUCUGUUACCGACAUCUUCCACUUUACCGUUUAUGAUGGCGACAGCAACCGUCUGGAUAACCAGAUGUGCACCAUCACCAUCACUUCUACCCCCAGACAGCCGCCCGUGGUCGCUGUCCACAGUGGCAUCAAGGUACAAGAAGGUGGUCGGGUGCAACUGUCUGCCAAUCACAUCAUCGUAUCAGACCAGGACACGCCCAUCAAGGAUCUGCUCUUUUGGCUUGUGACCACUCCCAAGUACGGCUUCAUCGAGAACACCAAGACUGCAGGCUCAGCCGGCGGCUCUCGAACCGUCACCCCCGAUGUGCCCUUCUCUGUGGAAGACCUCCUUUCUGACCACAUCUUCUACGUGCAGAACAGCCAGCGUGACGCUCAGGUCAAACAGGACGUCUUCAGCUUCUACAUCAGCGACGGCCAGAGACAAACAGAGGCUUUCAACGUGGAAAUCGACAUCCAGACGAAAGAGGACAGACAGCCAGUGGUGUCAGUCAGCAGCGUCCACGUGGAGGAAAACUCUGGAGUCGUUGUCACCAACUCAUCUCUCAGCGUCCACGAUCAGGACACACCAGAGAACGAGAUCCUCUUCACCAUCAUCAGAAAGCCAUCCUACGGCAAACUCCGCAGGCGCCAGUUCUCCUCACAGCCUUUGGAGAACGGCCGCGUCCUGGUGCAGGGCUCCACCUUCACCUAUCAGGACGUUCUGGACAGGCUGCUGGUCUACACACCUGAAAUCGUCAGCGGGGGCGCCGAUGAGCUGGGGUUCAACCUCACUGAUGGGAUACACACCUACACGGGCCGCCUGCAGUUCACCAUGGACGUGAGGAGGAACGAAGGGCCCAGGAUGACCGUGAACAGAGGCCUGCAGCUCCAAGCAGGUUCUUCAUCUAAGAUUACAGAACAGAAUCUGAAGGCAAACGACUUGGACUCUGAUACCUUAAAGCUCAGGUACAUCCUGACCAAAGACCCUCCAACCGGAAAACUUCAGCUCAACACGAGUGGACGUGUGGUGAAGGUUUCAGUCAAAAGCCCCGUGAACAGCUUCACUCAGGAUGACGUUAACAAAGGUCUGCUGCAGUACAGCCAUGAGAAAGGAGAGAAAGCAGGAAGCCUCUCCUUCAAGUUUAAUCUGGUCGAUCCCGAGGGCAACAAAUUGAUUGACCAGUCGUUCUUCAUCAGUGUGCUCGAGGACCGUCUUCCUCCAUCUGUGGUGGCCAACAAAGGUCUGGUGUUGGACGAGAACUCUGUGAAGAAGCUGACCACACUGCAGCUGUCAGCCAGCGAUCAGGACAGCGAGCCCACCGAGCUCGUGUUCCGCAUCACCAAGCAGCCCGGCCUGGGCUACCUGGAGCACGCCGCCAACCAAGGCACCAGGAUCAGCACGUUCACCCAGGCAGAUCUGGCAUCACGCAGCGUCCAGUACAGGCACACCAGCGAAGAAGAAAAGCACUCCGACCAGUUCUCCUUCAGCGUUUCCGACGGAACAAACGAGGUUGCCCAGACGUUCUACAUCACCAUCAAGCCUGUGGAUGACUCGCUGCCCCUCCUCCAGGUACCCGGUAUGAGGGUCCAGGAGGGAGUCAGGAAGACCAUCACCAAAUUUGAGCUAAGGGCCACUGACGCUGACACCGAGGCAGAGUCUAUAAUGUUCACCAUCGUCCAGGCACCUCGCCAUGGCUCCAUAGAGCGCACAGUCAAUGGCCAGCACUACCGUCAGACCAGCACCUUCACCAUGGAAGACAUCUACCAGAACCGCAUCAGCUACAACCACGAUGGCUCCAAUUCCCUCAAAGACCGCUUCACCUUGUCCGUGGCUGAUGGCACCAACCUAUUCUUCAUGGUGGAGGAGGGGGGCAGGGAGAUCAUGACGGCUGCUCCUCAGAAGUUCAACAUCGACAUUCUGCCCGUAGACGACGGCACGCCAAGAAUCGUCACAAACCUUGGGCUGCAGUGGCUGGAGUACAUGGACAACAAGGCUGCCAACCUGAUCACCAAGAAAGAGCUGCUGACCGUCGACCCCGACACAGACGACGGGCAGCUGGUGUACGAAAUCACAGCCGAGCCGAAGCAUGGCGUCCUGGAGAGCAAACUCAAACCUGGCAGCCCCGUCACCGCCUUCACACAAGCGGAUAUCAACCUGGGCCUGAUCCGCUACGUGCUGCACCAGGAGAGCGUUCAGGAGACCAUGGACAACUUCAAGUUCCUGGUCAAAGACAGCAAACCCAACGUGGUCAGCGAGAACGUCUUCCACAUCCAGUGGUCACUCAUCAGCUUUGAGCACAAAAGCUAUAACGUGAGUGAGAAGGCCGGUACGGUGGCAGUGACGGUGAAACGAACAGGUAACCUCAACCAGUACGCCAUCGUGCUGUGCCGCACCGAGCAGGGCACUGCUACAUCCACCAGCAGCAUCGCUUCCCAUCCAGGCCAGCCGGACUAUGUGGAAUACGCUGGACAGGUGCAGUUCGAUGAGCGCGAGGACACAAAGGUGUGCACCAUCAUCAUCAACGACGACAAGGUGUUUGAAGGAACCGAGAGCUUCCACGUGGAGCUGAGCAUGCCCAUGUACGCCCUGCUGGGCGAGAACACGUGCGCCGUCGUCAACAUCAACGACACCGAAGACGAGCCCACUCUGCAGUUUGACAAGAAGACCUACCACGUCAACGAGAGCGCCGGCUCCAUCCACGCCCCCGUGGAAAGAAAAGGUGACACAUCCAGCACUGUGUCGGCGCUCUGCUACACUGUGGCCAAGUCAGCGCAGGGCAGCAGCCUCCACACGCUGGAGUCCGGUUCCGACUACAAAAGCCGCGGUAUGACUAGCGACAACCGCGUCAUCUUUGGCCCCGGCGUUAGCAUGUCCACGUGUGACGUGAAGCUCAUUGACGACAGUGAGUACGAGCUGACGGAAGAGUUUGAGCUGGUGCUGUCGGACGUGUCAGAUAACGCCCGCAUGGGAGAGGUGACGGUCGCCAAAGUCGUGAUCGACGGGCCGAAUGACGCGUCGACUGUUUCUCUUGGGAACGCCACCUUCACCUUCAGUGAAGAUGCAGGCACAAUUGAAAUCCCUGUUCUGCGGCAUGGCAGCGAUCUGUCCUCUUUGACCUCUGUCUGGUGUGCCACUCAACCUUCAGACCCGCCGUCGGCUAGCCCAGGUAUCGACUACAUCCCCAGUUCCAAGAAGGUGGAGUUCAAACCUGGUAAAACUGAGGAGACAUGCAGUUUGACCAUCAUGGAUGACAUCCAGAACCCAUCUAUCGAAGGAUCUGAGUCCUUUGUGGUCUUCCUCAGUUCUCCUCAGGGUGCUGUCCUCCAGGAGCCCUAUCAAGCCACCGUGGUCAUCACCGACACCUUCCAGGACAUUCCCAGCAUGCAGUUUGAGAAAAUUUCCUAUAAUGUGAAGGAGAAAGAUGGUGUCCUCCACAUCCCCAUCAUUCGUACAGGCGACCUCUCCUUCAAGUCAUCUGUGCGGUGUUUCACUCGGACCAUGUCAGCUAUGGUGAUGGACGACUUUGAAGAGAGAACAAACACGGACGACUCGCGCAUCACCUUCUUCAAAGGGGAAAAGGUGAAGAACUGCACGGUUCACGUUAAUGACGACUCUGUUUUUGAGCCAGAGGAGGAGUUCCAGGUGCAUCUUGGGACACCACUGGGUGACCACUGGAGCGGCGCCAUGGUGGGUGCUAAUGACAUCAUCACCAUCACCAUCACCAACGAUGAAGACGCUCCCACCAUCGAGUUCGAGCAGGCAUCAUAUCAGGUCCGAGAACCCCCAGGUCCAGAUGGUAUUGAGGUGCUGAACAUUAAGGUGAUCCGACGGGGUGAUCUGGACCGGACCUCUAAAAUCCGCUGCAGCACCCGAGAUGGCUCCGCCCAAUCUGGCAUCGACUACAACCCCAAGAGCCGAGUCCUUAAAUUUACUCCUGGGAUGGAGCACAUCUUGUUCAAGGUAGAGAUUCUGUCCAAUGAGGACAGGGAGUGGCACGAGUCCUUCUCAUUGGUCCUAGGCCCAGAUGACCCUGUGGAGGCAGUCCUUGGGGAGCUUACUAUGGCAACAGUGACCAUUCUGGACCAAGAAGCUGCAGGCAGCCUUAUCCUUCCAGCUCCACCCAUUGUGGUCUCACUGUCUGACUACGAUCACGUCCAGGAGGUCACCAAAGAAGGCAGUAAGAAGUCUCUCUCUCCAGGUUACCCCCUCGUGUGUGUCACCCCCUGCAACCCCCACUACCCCAAGUAUUCGGUGAUGAAGGAGCGUUGCGAGGAAGCAGGCAUCAACCGGACCCAGGUUCACUUCUCCUGGGAAGUGGCAGCACCCACCGACACUAGUGGUGCCCGUUCCCCCUUUGAAACGGUCACGGAUACCACCCCAUAUACCAGUGUUAACCACAUGGUCUUGGACAGUAUUUAUUUCAGCCGUCGCUUCCACGUGCGUUGUGUGGCGCAGGCCAGGGAUAAGGCGGGCCACCUUGGGACGCCACUGAGGAGCAACAUUGCCACCAUCGGCACGGAGGGCUCAAUCUGUCACACCCCUGUGACCACAGGAACAGCUAGGGGCUUCCAGGCUCAGUCCUUUAUUGCCACACUCAAAUACCUGGACGUCAAGCACAAGGAGCACCCCAACCGGAUCCAUAUCUCAGUUCAGAUCCCACAUCAGGACGGCAUGCUCCCACUGGUAUCCACCAUGCCCCUGCACAACCUGCAUUUCUUGCUGUCAGAAUCCAUCUAUAGGCAGCAACAUGUCUGUUCCAAUCUGGUGACCCUCAAAGACCUGCAGGGUCUCUCUGAGACGGGUUUCCUUGAUGACUUAUCCUAUGACAGUAUCUCUCUGGGACCGGGUUACGAUCGCCCCUACCAGUUCAACCCCAGCAUCCGUGAGGCCAAAAGUAUCCAACUCUACAAGCACCUCAACCUGAAGAGCUGCAUCUGGACAUUUGACGCCUACUAUGACAUGACUGAGCUCAUUGAUGUCUGCGGAGGUUCUGUUACCGCUGACUUCCAGGUGCGAGACUCGGCACAGUCUUUCCUGACAGUGCAGGUUCCUCUCCAUGUGUCCUACAUCUACGUCACAGCGCCCAGAGGCUGGGCCUCUUUGGAGCAUCACACCGAAAUGGAGUUCUCCUUCUUCUAUGACACUGUGCUCUGGAGGACAGGCAUCCAGACGGACAGCGUUCUCUCAGCCAGACUACAGAUCAUCAGAAUCUACAUUCGAGAAGAUGGACGUCUGGUGAUUGAGUUCAAAACCCAUGCCAAAUUCAGAGGUCAGUUCGUCCCUGAGCAUCACACUCUUCCAGGCCACAAGUCCCGCCUGGUGGCCCCUGACCAUCUCGGAGGCAUCGAGUUUGAUAUGCAACUGUUGUGGAGCACUCAGACAUUUGACUCACCAUACCAGCUGUGGAGGGCCACAAGCUCCUACAGCAGAAAGGACUACUCUGGAGAAUACACUGUCUUCUUGAUCCCCUGCACAGUCCAGCCCACUCAGCCUUGGAUCGACCCCGGAGACAAGCCUCUGUCCUGCACCGCCCAUGCUCCAGAGAAGUUCCUGGUGCCGAUCACCUUCCAGCAGACGAACCGGCCCGUUCCCGUUGUCUACUCCCUCAACACGGAGUUCCAGCUGUGCAACAAUGAGAAGGUCUUCAUGAUGGAUCCGGCCACAGCCGACAUCUCUAUGGCUGAGAUGGACUACAAGGGUGCAUUCUCCAUGGGUCAGACUCUGUACGGCAGGGUUCUGUGGAAUCCUGAUCAGAACCUACACGCAGCCUACAAACUGCAACUGGAGAAGGUUUACCUCUGUACCGGCAGGGAUGGAUACGUUCCCUUCUUCGACCCCACGGGGACGCUGUACAAUGAGGGGCCACAGUACGGCUGCAUCCAACCCAACAAGCACCUCAAACAUCGCUUCUUACUGCUGGAUCGUAAACAGCCAGAUGUGUGUGACAGAUAUUUCCACGAUGUUCCAUUUGAGGCUCACUUUGCCUCAGACAUCCCAGAGCUGCAGCCAGUCACCACCAUGCCGGGCGUCGAUGGCUUCACCAUGAAGGUCGAUGCUCUCUACAAGGUGGAGGCAGGGCACCAGUGGUACCUGCAAGUGAUUUAUGUGAUCAGCCCGGAGUCGCGGUCCAGCCCCAGGAUUCAGCGCUCAGUCACCUACCAGCUGAGCCGCUCCAAACGUGACCUGGUGGACCGUAGCGGCCGGCUGACGCUGGACGAGUCGCUUAUCUACGACAACGAGGGCGAUCAAGUGAAGAACGGCACCAACAUGAAGUUGCUCUGCCUGGAGGCGGGGCCCUCUAAUACCUUCAGCCACCACAUGGGCAGCUCUGUGGGCGGCGGCGUGGCUGCCAUCACACUGCUGGUCCUUGUCCUAUUGGCUUCCUGCUUCCUGCUCCGACGCUGCCGACGCGCCGUCAGAAAGAAGACCAAGAAGACCCCCAAAGCGUACGAGGAGUAUCCGCUAAACACCAAGGUGGAGGUGUGCAUGGACAAGUGUGUGGAGAAGAACUUCGGCAGCAAACACUGCACAGUGCGGAACGUCAACAUCCUCAGCCGCAACCAGGAGCCCAACGGGAAGGCCAAGGUCAAACAGGUCAACCUGGAGGUCAAACUCCACAACAAUCUCAACGAUGGCACUGAGGUCUGAAAUGUUGAUGAGGAAGUUAUUUUCUCAAACAGUUUGUACGUACAUGGAUGUUUAUUAAUGUAUUUUAUACCGAAUCUGUAAAAGGGACAAGAAUGACUCCAGCUAAAGGACAGCUGGACUACCUCAGGAAUCCACGAACCACUGAGCUGCAUCCCAUCAGCCGCACAUCCCAUUGGACAAAAACCCCUUUGAGUUUCUUGUAGCUCGUCAUUUAUGUCCUUGUAGCACCAAAA